AUGGAAAAUUAUGAUUCCGCUUCUAAUGCCUCAACAUCUAAUAAUAACGAAAUAGUAGUAAUCGGCAAUAUAUAUAGUACUAAAGAUAAUUGGAUAGUGGUAGAAGAUGAUGAUAAUAAUGAAUUUUGGAGAUGCAUGCAUUGUCAAAAAAAGACUUAUGCAAUAAAAACCAGUAGAACACAUUUAAAAAAACAUACCUUAUCAUGUUUUAAUUCUCCACUAAACGAAAUUCAGACUGAGGGGUUCAAACCAAUUACUAAAGAAGAUGUAGAUAAUUCAAUAAUGGACAUAGUUAUUGCAUCAGGAGUGUCAUUCAAUAUUCUUAAUAAUCUGUCAUUUCGUAAAAUGGCUAGAAAUCUUUGCUAUGUUACACCUUCAUAUAAAAUCCCACAUUCAACUAUGAUAUCCUGA